AAGCAACUUGAAAACAAAAAAAAGUUGUUACAAAUUAGAUUACCAUACCAAAGCCACGCCAAGGGAUUUGUGAGUAUGAGCGGGAACCUGCUGGAAAGCACAAUCCUUCCGGGCGAGCUGAUUGAGGAGAUCCUGGUGAGGGUUCCGGCAAGUUCCCUUGUGAAAUUCAAGAUUGUGUGCAAGUCAUGGAAUGCACUAAUUUCCAGCUCCAAAUUCGCCAAAAAACAGCUUCACCGCUCAACCUCAGAUCCAACCAGGAUCCGCCCGCGACUGGCGUGCUUGGGACUGGAUGACAAAAUCCGAUUUUACUCCGUACAAUCUUUCUUCAAGAACCCAUCCGCAUCCGCUUUUACCGAAGAUGCCUGCUUCCAGAAUGAUGAUGAACUGCGAAUCUUUGGUUCCUGCAAUGGCUUACUCUGCAUCGGCUUGCGCAAGGGCAAGUUCAUGUGCCGUGCGCCUCGCCGCUGUAAAUUCAUCAGAUUGUGGAACCCUUGUACCGGAUCGGUAUCCGAUUGGUUGAAAAUUGAGCAAGAUGGUUGCGUGUAUGGUUUUGGCUAUGAUCAUGUGCAUGAUAAGUACAAGUUUCUUGAUUGUUAUUGGAAACACGGCCACAAAGUUCACAUCUUCGGUUCGAAUUCUUGCACAACCAUCAAUCAAGAUCUUCCAUUUGAGCAACCCUGGGAAUGGACAGGGAAGUUUGUGAAUGGCACUCUCAAUUGGGCAGCUCGGCCGCAAGGCAAGUUUUCCAAAUGGGACAUCCUUUCCUUUGACUUGGCCAACGAAAAUUUUUGCCAAAUAUCCCUCCCUAACAGGAAUGAUAGUGACGACGAUUUAUUUCCUGUGUUGGGUGUCUGGAGGGACAGCCUUUCUGUUUGUUUCAAUGAAAACGAGAGUCGUCUGGUUUUGUGGGUGAUGAAGGAGUUUGGGGUUCAAGAGUCUUGGACUAAGUUGGUCACCAUAUCUAGUGAUCAUAAGGUAUUUUCGAUUAGUGACGCACGGUUUUGUUCAGAUCUGGCUGCUUUCUUUUGUCCGAGAUCUCAUGAUUCUAUAUCCUCCUUCAAAUUAGUUAUGCUUAGGGCAAGUUCUUUAGAGCCACCUCAAUAUGAGGAUAUUUACGACAUAUAUCCCGGAUACCGCCAUGUUUACCAUGAAAGCUUGGUUUCGCCGUGCCAUUUAGGUCUUCCAAGUUUCUUAUAUGGAUCGACUAUUCAUUAAAUCAAAGACCAUGUUUAUUGCUCGCCGAAAAUGUUUGUUUUUGUCAGUUCUUUUGUUCAACUCUUAUUCCCGUUAUCUACUGUGUGACUGGUCCUGAUAUUGGGUCCGGGUGUUAGGGUGGUCGUAGAGGUUUUUCAUAGUCUAAUGUGUAAGAUGCAGCAGGCACCACCAAUUCAUGUUCUCCAAGGUUUCUCAUGCUCUGGAGAAAACACUAAGCAAUGCAUAAAAAUGUAUAAUAUUGG